CGCAACUCCGCGCUCGCCCUCUCCGCCACCCUCCUCGCCGCCCUCGCCGCCUCCGCCGCCGCCGGGGACCCCGAUCCGUCCCGCGAGCGCAGCCCUAACCCGCUGUACUCGGCGGCCGAGGGCGCGGUCCACCGAUCCGGCGACUCCCUGAGGAGGAUUUACCGCCACGUCACCCAGACCGGGGUCGCCGCCUCCGUCCUGUGGCAGUCCCUGAGGUCGGUGCUCUCCUCCGCGAACCACGAGGUCCGAGUGGGAUUCGAGCUCCGGGUGGCCGCGCUGCUGGCCGACAUUGCGGCCGCGAACGCCGGGAGGAGGGCUGCGAUCGUCGGGGCUGGGGGCGGGAAGGUGGUGGAUUGGUUGCUGGAGACGGUGGCGACCCCCGGCGUGGGGUUGGGGACGCAGGCUGAGGCUGCAAGGGCGCUCGCUUACUUGAUUGCGGAUUCGAAUGUCUGCGAGGCUGUUCUGGGAAGGCCUCGAGCUGUGCCUAAUCUGCUGAGGUUUAUUUUUUCGUGCCAUCCUCAGCGGUCCAAGAAGCACACGAGACGUAGUUCAUUCGAUAUUUCUGAUUCUUUGAAAGGUAGGAGCAUGCUAGUUGCUGCAGUAAUGGACAUUGUCACGUCUAACUGCGAUGAUUUGGAUAAGAAAUCAGUGAAGUCUACCUUGCCAAAAAAUGCGGAAAUGAGAGAUAUUGCUGCCGCCAUUGAGGUUAUUGAGGAAGGUGCACUGCAUAUGGAUGAGACCAGUGGAAAUGAAGAUGAUGACAAUGGUGAUAGCAGUAUGAAAGGAAUUGGGAUCAAGAUCCUAGAAGGUUCUACAGUUUUAGGACUUGCUAGAACUAAUGGACCAACAAAUGUGGAGCAUUUAGAUGCUGGCCGUACUGAAGGAGUAGAGCUUGCACCCAAAAAAAUGGCACUGCAACGUACUUUUGAUAAUUCAGUAGCACAAGGCAAUUUGUUAUCUGCUGUGGUCCCUGGACUUUGGGAUGAUCUGCAUUGUGAACAUGUUGCCGUACCUUUUGCUGCAUGGGCUUUAGCAAAUUGGGCAUUGGCAUCUGAGGAGAAUAGAUGCCAUAUUCAAGAGCUGGAUCAAGAUGGGCAUGCUGUCAUGACUGCUUUGGGAGCUCCUGAGCGAUCUGUCAGAUGGCAUGGGAGUCUGGUGGCUCGCUUGCUACUGGAGGAUCGUAAUUUGCCUCUAAAUGAUUCUGUUCCUGAGUGGAGUUCAAGCCUCCUUUCCACCAUAUCUCAGGCAAGCAAAAAUGAAGACAUUCCACUUGCUCUGGUGGCAUUAUCUGCAUUUCUGGUUUCUGUUGAAAGAAGCUCAGAGGCGCAAAGAGUUGUCAUGGAGAAAGGGCUCUACCUGUUAAGAGAUAUUGUUAAGAGGACAGCUAAGCACAAACAAGUACAAGAAGCACUGGCAAAGGCAUUGGAGUUGCUUUCUACAGGGGACACUCAUUUAUCUCUUGAAGAGAGUCAACGAUGGUCUGCAAUAUUGCUUCAGUGGGUAUGUGGGAGAAGUUCCUCUGAUAUAGUACGAUCUUCAGCGACAAAGGUCCUCUCAUGCAUUCUUGAAGACUAUGGACCAUAUUCUGUGCCGAUUUCGCAAGGCUGGUUAGCUAUCCUGCUAUCAGAAAUUCUGGGUUUCAGCAAAGCAUCAUCCGUCAAAGAAAAUGCUCAACCCAAGAGCGACAAAGUGAAGAAUCAAAUUGAUCAGUCGAAUAUGCUUUCUGCUGGACAAAUUGCUAAUCAGUUGGCAGGUGCUGUUGUUGGUUUAGCUGGAAAUCAGUUGGAAACGGCUACCCAGUCUCUUGACACACUUCCGUUAGCAGAUCUCCUGUCUAUUGAACCUUUUGUUGGACCAUCUAAAGUCCUAAAGAAAGAUGGUCGCCCCAGAAUUAGUGCUGCAGAUUCUGCAUUGGCGACCCUCAAAGGGAUUAAAGCACUUACUGAAUUAUGUGCAGAAGAUGUCUCCUCUCAGGACAGAGUAACAGAAUACGGUGUAUUACAUUUGUUAAGGCGCUUUCUUCUAUGUGAUGAUUAUGAGAAACUUGCCGCUAUUGAAGCAUAUGAUGCAUCAAGAGCCACAGAAGUUGCACAAAGGGUCUCAGAUGCUCCUGCAGAGUCAUCACUUCCAGAAAAUAAUGGAUCUUCUAAUGUUCGAGUGCCGCCGACUGGCCACAUUCGGAAGCAUGCGGCUCGUUUUUUGACCAUCCUUUCACUUCUACCAAAAGUCCGGGAGUUCAUUGUAAAAGAUGAUGCUUGGUGUAGAUGGCUUGAAGAUUGUGCCAAUGGGAAAAUUCCAGGUUGCAAUGACCCCAAAUUACAGAGCUAUGCUAGGGCAACACUAUUGAAUGUGCUUUGCAAUGACCAGGUGGAUGGAGACGAUUCGAGUGUCUCUGGCAAUGCAGGUGGAAGCAGCAUAUGUCCUCGUUAUGAUGAUGUGAUAUUUCUAAUCAAUCCUGAACUGCCUCACUGGAAGUGUUUGAAAAGGAUAGGUAGAAAUGCUGCUCCUGGUAGUAACUCAUCUGUGGCUGGUCCUAAUUCUGAGAAUUUUGGGGACUCACCUGGGAAAAGGUCUUCCGAUGAGGAGAUCUUGUCAAGAUCGGGUGAUGUAUCUCACAACGGCUUAAACUCAGAGCUACCUCCGUUAGAUGUUGUUUUUGUUCAUGGUUUGCGAGGAGGGCCUUACAAGACAUGGCGCAUAACAGACGACAAAACUUCAACAAAGUCAGGCUUGGUUGAGAGGAUUGAUCAGGAAGCAGGGAAUGAAGGAACGUUCUGGCCAGGUGAAUGGCUUUCUACUGAUUUCUCUGAAGCGCGUCUCUUUACUCUCAAAUACAAGACUAAUCUUACCCAGUGGUCUGGAGCUACCCUCCCUCUUCAGGAAGUGAGCUCCAUGCUUUUGCGGAAGCUUGUUGCUGCGGGUAUAGGGGAUCGUCCUGUUGUGUUCAUAACUCAUAGCAUGGGUGGCCUUGUUGUCAAGCAGAUGCUUUAUAAAGCAAUGACAGAAAAUCUUGACAGCCUGGUGAAGAAUACUGUUGGAGUUGUGUUCUACAGCUGUCCACACUUUGGAAGCAAACUUGCGGACAUGCCUUGGCGAAUGGGUCUUGUGCUUCGUCCAGCCCCAACUAUAGGAGAGCUAAGAAGUGGGUCUCCAAGAUUGAUAGAGUUAAACGACUUCAUUCGUCAGCGAAACAAGAAAGGACUGCUAGAUGUGUUGAGUUUCUGUGAGACCAAGGUAACUCCAAUUGUAGAAGGUUACGGAGGAUGGGCUUUCCGGAUGGAAAUUGUGCCAAUCGAGUCAGCAUAUCCUGGAUUUGGUGAACUUGUUGUACUGGACUCAACAGAUCAUAUAAAUUCAUGCAAACCGGUUAACCACACUGAUCCUUCAUACACAGAGACAUUGGAUUUUCUGCGCAAGCUGAAAGCCCAAUACUCCAAUACACAUAGAUGAUCAAUAGUUAAUGAAUUUUGGGGGAUCUGAUGAUUUCCGCUGCUCGGAUGGAAGCUGACGGUGUACCCAGAAAGUGCAGUUGGCGCCUUUGUACAUAACACCAAAUUCUUUUGUUCUGGACAACAUUGAUCGGCGCCUCCUUGUCUUGCACUUUACAGGACACAAUUCCUUUGUCAAGGUCGUCAAAGUUGCUGUACCAAGAUAUUCAUAACCACCGGGGUUACACUGAAGGACAACAUGAAAAGUCUUGAUCCCUUUUGUACUCCUUCCAUGUUGUACAUGUGUUAGUGUCAGUAAGUUCUGCUUCCUGUGAUGUAAGCAAUAGCUGUGGCAUUUUCGUGAGAAGCCUCCACGCAGCAUGUAAUCUUUGUACAUUAACAUUGUAAGAAGUUAAGGAAAAGGAAAAUUCUUAUUCUGUUCAUACCA